AUGCAAAGGGUGUCUCUCAAAAUACUUCCAUUAAAUGAAGUUCUAACUUUAGAUUUGGAUUUGGAUAAGGAUGCCUUAAUCACUGACUUAUUUGAUUUCAUUUAGGGUUAUUUUGGGUAUUGUUUAUUUUAUUCUUAGAACUAGACUUAAUUCAGAUGUAUAAAAUUGGACAUGCUAUUCUCAGGUAAAAUGCAUAAAUUUAGAUCGUUUCCGUCGCAUAGAAGAUGUAUUAAAUGAAACUCUAAUCAUCAAUACCUCGCCUAAUGCAAGAAUUCAAAUGAUUACUCCAAAUAAUAAUCUUGUAAACUCACCUGUCUAAUAAUUGUCAGCUCCAGUCCAAUAAUAAGGGUAACCUUAACAUUUACAACUCCAAAAUUCUCUUCCAUAAUAAUAAUAAAAUCAAUCGUAAACUCAAAAAUCUAAUCCUAAUUCAGUUUAAAAUCAAAAUUCUGGUUAAUUUUAAGGUAAGACAUAUUUAGUAACUCUUCAAAUAAUUAUAACUGAUGGGAUAAUAUAAAGACAAUUCUAAGGUAUUUUUUCUGAAAAUGAUUUGCUUGAAGAUGUAGCAAAUGCUGUGUAUUCCUAUUAUGGAAUUGCAAAGUAUUUUUUUGUAAUUUAUUAAGAAAUGCAGCAGCUUGUAAUUUAUAUAUUUUUGAUUAACCUUGCAACUACUACCCUAAAUAUCUAAAAUCACUUCUUCAAUUAGGCCUUAAAUCUAAUACAACUAUACAUGCCCGCAUUAGAUGGGCUUGAGGUAGCCAACCAUGA